GGUCAGGAAGUGGAUGAUGUGACUGUACCAGGAAUUGUGUGAUGAGUCCACUGCAAUCCCAAAUGGAAGCCCAAAGCAACGCGUCUUUCCUCAGAUACUUUGGAGAUUUUCUAGGUCAAUACAUCGAUCUGGACUACUCAAUAUGGCUAUAUAGACUACUUACGCCCCUAGUAAUCACCUUCAUGCUACCCCUGGUGUUCGUUGGACUGAUUUAUUUCACUUCAAUUUUUCUCUACAUUUACAAAUUGCACAGACAAAUCAUCAUGCAAGCAGUGUCUAGUGAUCUGGACUUUUGGAACGUUGGUCGAAAAAUUGUUUCCGCAGUCUGGGAUGCCCAUGCGUGGCUCUACCAUGGCUAUGAAGUUAAUGGCCUGCACCAUCUGCCGACUGAAGGACCAGCACUCAUUGUCUACUACCAUGGUGCCGUCCCCAUUGAUAUGUACUACUUUGUUGCACGCGUUCUCCUAGCUAAAGAUCGCUUAAUUUACACCGUUGCUGAUCGGUUUCUCUUUAAAAUCCCUGGCUGGGGAAUCAUCAGUGAUGCCUGCAAGGUAAGCCCUGGCACUAUUCAAUCGUGCACAGCAACACUACGUGAUGGGAAUCUUCUUGCCAUCUCUCCGGGUGGUGUAUACGAAGCCCAAUUCGGUGAUAACUGCUAUGAAUUACUGUGGAAAAAUCGCAUUGGAUUUGCAAAAGUUGCCCUCGAGGCACGUGUCCCCAUCAUUCCUAUGUUCACUCAAAAUUUACGAGAAGCCUUCCGAUCGGUGGGUAUCAUGAGGCGGUGGCUUAUUAAAUUCUACAAUGCCACGCAUAUCCCCUUGAGACCGAUUUAUGGAGGUUUUCCCGUUAAAUUACGUACCUUUCUGGGUCCACCUAUUCCAUAUGAUCCAAAUCUCACGCCGGAAGAACUUAAGCAGAAGACUGCCUUUGCAAUUGAGGAACUAAUUAAUAAACAUCAGAGAAUUCCUGGUGGGAUUUUUCAUGCUCUGCUCGAUAGAUUUAGUUUUUUACGAAAACGAAAAGCAACCGACUGAGAGCACAAAAAUUCGUUUACAAAAACUAAAAAUAAAACACAGAAGUGCAAAAAAGACCGUUUCGGAUCACAGAUAAGAAUGAGUUUUUAACAAUCGUAAAAGUUUCAUCAAAGGAAAAAAAUGCGCCAAUAUAUUUUUUAAAUGUAAAAGAAACCUUAGCAUGCAAUUAUAUGAAAACUCAUACCUUUACUUUUGAAUAUUAAUUGGAGAAUUUAAGUUAAAACAGAAAAAAAGAAUUCCAUUUGCAUUACCAAUUUUUUCAAAAUUUAUAAACAUUAAGUAUAAUAAAAAAUAAAACGUUAAUAACAAAAUUAAAAAAAAAAUGGGUAUGAAGGAAGGGCCAGAGAUUGUAAGUAAUAAUAUUAAUUUACAAAGAGUAAUUGGUUGGGGUCAUUAUGAGGUUUGGUUAAACAUCUUGAUUGCUUUAACGAUUUCUGUUGCUAAUUCUUCUAUACUUCUAGCUGAAAAAAUUUUACGAAUGGAGUUUCCUCUUUUCUGUAUGGGCUAAUUCGGCUAAUUAUGCGAGUCCAGAUUGUUUCCUCAAAUAAGACAGAAAUACUAAUACAGGAACGAGUAAACUCCUUAAACUAUUUUUUUCUUUCUGUGAUCACACCCUUUAGAUACUUUUAGACCAUUGCCAUCUUUUAAAGUUAGGCAAAUUCCAACGUGAAUAUAUUAUAUCGAAUUUCUUUUUUACUCGAUUCUAAUACGUAUAUAGAUCAAUUUUAUUUUAUUUUCAACUCUGUAAGAUUUUUGGGAGAAAUACCCUCGCCAUUUUUUUUAUUGUAUUUAUUCAUACUGCGAACCACCUUUGCCGGAUGUGUUCGGCAAUGAACACAAGGAAGCUAAGCAAAUGGCCGUACAUGAGGAUGAUAAAGGCUCCUUGGAGGUGAUUAACAGUCAAGGCAGUAUCCUUUUCUGUAUUUACAAAAUUAUUUUUGUCGCUAUUUUACUUAAUUAUUUAAUAAUGAAAAUAAAAAAAAAAAGAUUUUACAACAAA